AUGAGCAUGCCCCAGCUGGACGCGGCCCAGCAGGCCAAACUGCAGCUGAUGCAGGAGAUGGAAAUCGAAAUGAUGUCGGAUCUGUACAGCCGCAUGACACAGGCUUGCCACAAAAAGUGUAUCCCACCAAAGUAUGCCGACUCGGAGCUGGGAAAGGGAGAAUCGGUGUGCAUUGACCGGUGUGUGGCAAAGUACCUGGAGGUGCACGAACGCAUCGGCAAGAAGCUGACGGCAAUGUCAGCGCAGGACGAGGAUCUGAAAAAGAAGAUGGGUGUGUAGAAAGGGUGAGCUCGAAGGCAAAGGCACUGUUAGAGUUAAAUCCGUACCCGCAUGGUAGCCACCACGUGUGUUGAUUCGUUUUUUUUACUUUUUAUUCAUUCAUUACUUACUCAAUGGUAAACAAUAUUGGUAGCAGCAGUUCAGGGAGGGUUGGGAACCGCGUAUGUUAGUUUUCAGUUGAUCAUUUGAUGCGCAUUUCGUCGUCAGCCCAUUUUGACUUGUAUUCAUCUAUUCGGGUUGCUCGUCCGAUGCCACACAGUUGCAGCGUAGAUUACAUUACAUAUGCUCGAAAUCGAUAGACUCGCGAGAAUAGAUGAAUAAAGCAAUGGAUUGACAGAGAGAAAAAGAAA